UAGCAACCAGAGGCCGUGCCCCGCCCUACUGAUAUAUCGGGUUUCCAGGGUGUGAGGCGAGCCCAUUAAUCUCUCCGCGUUCCUUACUUCAGUGUUGUGGUGCUCAGGAGUGGUGGCUGGAACUUGGCUUUAGUGCCGGGGGGCGGAGACGAAACAUGCGCCGCGCCUCAGCGGAUUAGAGUCGGGAGCAGAGAGCGCGAUGGACUGGAGCUCGCUUGGGACCGUGAUCCGCCGCUGGUGUGUCGGAGAAGAGAACUGGGUGGAUAAUCGGACAGUUUACAUUGGACAUCGUGAACCUCCUCAUGGCACGGAUGCCUAUAUUCUACAAAAAUAUCCUGAUAACAGAAUUGUAUCUUCAAAGUACACUUGCUGGAACUUCAUUCCCAAAAACUUGUUUGAACAGUUCAGAAGAAUCGCUAACUUCUAUUUUCUGAUCAUAUUUCUCGUGCAGUUGAUCAUCGAUACUCCGACCAGUCCGGUAACAAGUGGACUUCCAUUAUUCUUUGUAAUCACUGUGACAGCAAUCAAACAGGGUUAUGAAGAUUGGCUUCGGCAUAAAGCAGAUAAUGCAGUGAAUAAAUGCCCCGUUCACGUCAUCCAGGGUGGCAAGGUUGUUCAAAAACAGAGCUGCAAACUGCAGGUUGGUGACAUCGUGAUGACCAAAGAGAAUGAAACCUUUCCCUGUGACAUGGUGUUCUUAUCUUCAAGUAGUGAUAACGGGACCUGUUUUGUCACUACAGCAAGCCUAGAUGGCGAGUCAAGUACCAAGACAUACCAAGCUGUUCAAGAAACAAAAUCUUUGCGAACUGAGGCAGAAUUGGACUCUUUGAAUGCCACUGUUGAAUGUGAGCAGCCCCAACCUGAUCUGUACAAUUUUGUUGGCCGUAUCAAUAUUUACUACGAGUCAGAGGGGCCAAUUGCAAGGCCUUUGGGAUCAGAGAAUGUACUGCUGAGAGGGGCAACAUUAAAAAAUACCCAGACUGUUUAUGGUGUGGCGAUAUACACUGGCAUGGAAACCAAGAUGGCAUUGAAUUAUCAAUCCAAGUCACAGAAGCGUUCUGCUGUUGAAAAAUCAAUGAAUGCAUUCCUCAUUGUGUACUUGUGUAUCUUGAUCAGUAAAGCUUUGAUAACUACAGUCUUGAAAUAUGUAUGGCAGAGUGAUUCCAUGAGAGAUGAGCCUUGGUUUAACAAGAAAACACAGACAGAACGUCAAAAAAAUAAGUUCUUGUCAUCGUUUACAGAUUUUCUGGCCUUCAUGGUUCUGUUCAAUUACAUCAUUCCAGUCUCCAUGUACGUCACUGUGGAAAUGCAAAAGUUCUUGGGCUCCUACUUCAUUACUUGGGAUGAGGAAAUGUUUGAUGAUGAAGUUUGUGAGGGACCAACAGUGAAUACAUCAGAUCUGAACGAAGAAUUGGGGCAGGUUGAAUAUAUUUUCACAGAUAAAACGGGAACCUUGACAGAGAAUAACAUGGAGUUUAUUGAGUGCUGUAUUGAUGGCCAUGUGCAUGUGUCACACUCUAUUUCCAAUGGACAGAGCUUUUACAGCGAUGCAGAAAUUGAUUUUAUUGAUGCACCUGUUGGAAUGGUGGAACAGGGAAGAAAGGAGCUGUUUUUCCGUGCACUGUGUCUUUGCCAUACAGUCCAAGUUAAGAGAGAAGACCAGACUGAUUAUCCAAAGCCGCACCAGGAAUGUGGGAGAUCCUCAGUUUAUAUUUCCUCCUCACCAGAUGAGAUUGCUCUGGUGGAAGGUGUAAAGAGGUAUGGAUACACAUUUCUGCAGCUGAAAAACAAUCAUAUGGAACUUGAGAAUGCAGAAGCUGAAGUUGAAAGGUAUGAAUUGCUCGAGAUAUUGAAUUUCGACUCUGUGAGACGCCGGAUGAGUGUUAUCGUUCGAUCAGAAUUAGGAGAAAUAAUACUGUUCUGUAAAGGAGCUGAUUCAUCCAUUUUUCCCCGGGUGAAGGAGGGGAAGCUGGACCUGGUACAACAGCGAGUGCAGCAUAAUGCAGUGGAAGGACUGCGAACAUUAUGUGUGGCAUACAAAGUUCUUAGCUGUGAAAAAUAUGAAGAGGUUCACACACUCCUUCAGAACGCAAAACUCUCCCUCCAAGACAGGGACAGGAAACUUGCUGAAGCUUACGAUGUCGUUGAAAGGGACCUGGAUUUACUGGGAGCAACAGCAGUAGAGGACAGACUACAACACAAGACCGCUGAGACUGUAGAAGCUUUGCAAAAGGCUGGAAUAAAAGUUUGGGUUCUCACAGGAGACAAAAUGGAAACAGCUGCAGCCACAUGCUAUGCAUGCAAGCUUUUCAGAAGAACUACACAACUCUUUGAGUUGACAACUAAACGAAUAGAAGAGCAAAAUUUGCAUGAUGUACUCUUUGACUUGAGCAGAACAAUUCUGAGGCAAAGUGAUAAUUUGCGGAGAGACAGUUAUUCAGGAUUUUCUCAGAAUGAUUUACAUGAUUAUGGUCUGAUCAUCGAUGGGGCCACACUGUCACUUGUCAUGAAACCUGCUGAAAGCGGCAAUUCAAGCAGUUACAAAGAUCUUUUUCUGGAAAUAUGCUGCCAUUGUAGUGGAGUUCUAUGCUGCAGAAUGGCACCUUUACAGAAAGCACAGAUAGUUAAACUGAUUAAAGCUUCAAAAGAACAUCCCAUAACCUUGGCAAUUGGUGAUGGUGCAAAUGAUGUCAGUAUGAUACUGGAAGCUCAUGUUGGAAUAGGUAUUUUGGGAAAGGAAGGUCGACAAGCUGCAAGAAACAGCGAUUAUUGCAUUCCUAAGUUUAAACAUCUCAAGAAAUUGUUGCUUGUCCACGGCCAUUUUUAUUACAUUCGAAUUGCUGAACUCGUCCAGUAUUUCUUCUACAAGAAUGUUUGCUUCAUAUUUCCUCAGUUUUUAUACCAAUUCUUUUGUGGAUUUUCUCAGCAGCCAUUGUAUGACACUGCAUAUCUUACAUUGUACAACAUCAGCUUCACCUCUCUUCCCAUCCUGUUGUACAGCCUGAUGGAACAACAUGUCAGUAUCGAUGCUCUAAAAAGAGACCCAACAUUGUACAGGGACAUUGCCAAAAAUUCCUUGUUAUGUUGGAAGCUGUUCCUUUACUGGACAUUCCUGGGAGUGUUUGAUGCUGUGGCAUUUUUCUUUGGUGCUUAUUUUCUGUUUGACCAUUCAACGAUGACCAGCAAUGGAAGGUUAGUGUUCGGAAACUGGACCUUUGGCACCCUGGUCUUCACUGUUUUGGUAUUUACAGUAACUCUUAAGCUUGCAUUGGACACUCAUCACUGGACAUGGAUAAAUCACUUCGUGAUAUGGGGCUCUCUGGUGUUUUACAUCAUAUUUUCUCUGCUCUGGGGAGGUAUUAUCUGGCCUUUCCUGAAUUACCAGACAAUGUACUAUGUCUUCAUGCAGAUGCUCUCAGCAGGACCAGCCUGGUUAGGGAUUACACUGCUACUGACUGUUAGCCUUCUUCCAGAUGUUGUUAAAAAAGUCAUCUGCAGGCAGCUUUGGCCAACAGCAGCAGACAAAAUUCAGGAGAUCCAAAGGGAAUCCAAGAAGUCAGAAUUCGCCCCACUUGCUCCUGCUCAGAGUUCCAUCUACACAAACAACAUGCACAGAUCCCAUGAUCAAAGAAAGCCUCUCUCUAUUUCAAGUUCAAGGAAGGUGACGCAUACAUAUUGGACAGAGGAUGAAUAUUGUAACAAUUUAUCAAUGUUUGACUACUCUGGUAAUCACUGCCCUUCCAAUGCUCACUGUAUGUUUGUUGGAUCUGGUUUGGAAACAUCAGUGUAGCAGUGAAUAUUGUUGUUGACUACUGUGAUUUUGAGUUUAAUCAUUUCUUGUUUUAGUAAGACAAAUACAAUUAGGUUUGCGAUCCAUUUUAGUUUUCUUAUUAAGUGUACAUUAAUAUGAUAUUCUGUAUUCUGCCUGGGUUGAUUAGUCCUACAAAAUACACAGUCUGGUACUGUGUGGCUGGAACCAUUACAUAACUUUAUUGUCCUUUCAUAUUCCUUGGAACCUUGCUUUAUCAUCCAGUGUUAUUCAAGCUAUAUAACAUCCAACAAACUGAUCAAGAAGGUGACAUCAAUGAAAGUGUGCCAUUGUUCACUGUGUCUAUCAAAGUUCCUUUAUAUUCAUCCUUUAAUAAAGCUUACUUUGACUUUCUAUGUAAACAACAUUCUCUGCAGUUUAUGAAGAAAUCUAUUUUUGGUUCUUCGCCUACUGAAACUAGUUCACGUAAGCACCAAAUGAAAUAUCCAAUAAAUCUGGUCCCAUUUUCAGCAUUGCCCAGCGGGAAUGGAAUGAGGAACUUUGUGACAUCAGUUAGUGUUGCUGGAAUUUUGCUGUUACUGUUUUAAUUAUUGCAACUGUUUGCUGGUUGCUUUGAUUUCUGGGGUGCUAUUACAUUAAAAUGACACUAACUGCAUGUUAAUUCAGGCCCAAAUCACUCUUUUAUCCCUUAAAUCUCUACCUGUAAUCUUGCCUCACCUCCCUAGACUGAUCCUCAGAGCAGGAGGUCAUAUUUUAGACCUAAUGUUUUAACUGUUUCCAUUAAUGAAUAUUUUUCAGACAAUUUAAACUAUUGGUUGUUUCACUGCUAAUUCACAUCUUCUGAAC